AUGAGUUCUACUGAUGAUUCUUAUUCAAUGACUUCUUCAUUAUCGUCUUCGCUCGAUCAAACUCCCCUAUCAUCGCUUUCCGCAGCAUCCAGUUAUGCAUCGUUAGUUAAUUGUGAUGAAACCAACUCCGUUCACAGUGAAUCGCAGCAUCACUACCAACCAGCACAACAACAAGCACAAUAUUCCGAGAAAAAGAUGAAAAAAGAUUCGAAAUAUCAUUCGGCAUCUGAGUCAACAAAUUCGACUAAUAAAUCAAACAACGGAUCAAAUAAUACUAAUAAACGUUCAUGUUUUUCAACAUUACAAAAUCGUCAUGUAAAUAAAUUAUGUUCGUUACUUGAAAAUCCCAUUGAAAUUCAUGGUCAAGGAAACUUUCCAACAUUAAAUAUCGUUUCAAAAGAUUUCCUAAUCGAACUACGACAAGCAUUUCAUGUAAAUCAGAUCGACAUCAAAGAUGUGCGUCUCAAUGGAGGUGCCGCUUCCUAUGUCUUAACACACGAUAAAUCUUUCUCCUAUUCUGAUAUUGACUUCAUAUUUCGUUGUGAUUUAUCAUCUGAAUCAACAUGGACACAAAUCAAAACAACUGUCUGUGAAUGUUUAGCGCGACAUAUAUCUUCGACAAAUUCAUCGACUCAAUUAUCAUUUUCUCCAAUUAUUAUUCAAGCAGCAUAUGUAGAAAAAGUUGUGCGUGUCAGUAAUCCAUCGACGAACGAUUCCUGGGCUCUGAUGUCGUUGUGUAAUGUCAAUGGACAAAAUAUCGAGUUGAAAUUUGUCGAUCGGCUGAAAAGACAAUUUCAAUUCAGUGUGGAUUCGUUUCAAAUUCUUCUCGAUCCACUGCUUGAUCAUUAUGAACAGAUAUCGAAAUAUCAACAAACAUCGAAUAAAAAGCAACUAUAUUACAAUCAAUAUAAUUAUCAUUCCAAACAAUCCUAUGAUCAUCGUUCAUCGAAGAAUAAUCGUUAUUCAUCAAUACAUCGUUUACCAUCCAUAUCAGUCGAAUGUGUUUAUGGAAGUUUCGAAAGUGCUCUAACCCAUCUGAAUCGACGAUUGAUUGCCACAACAUCACCGGAACGUAUCUGUGGUGGAGGAUUAUUGAAAUAUUGUCUUCUGUUAACACGAGGUUAUCGUCCAUAUGAUAAUGGCAUUGCGUCAUGGCAAUUGGAAAAGUUAAUGUGUUCAAGAUUCUUCAUUGAUUAUGCUGAUAUAAGUGAACAAGAAUAUAAAUUAUUAGCUUUUCUCUCUUCACAUUUCUCCAAUAAUGAUUCAGCGAAAUAUCGUUACUUGUUACAACUACGUUUAAUUAUCGAACGUAGUACAGUUUGUUUAAUGGCACAUGAACGGAAUCUAACGUUGACAUUGAUAACCCAACUCGCAACGGAUUAUUAUUACCGUUUAUAUGAUGAAUACAAUAACAAUUAUAAUCUUAAUGGUGAAACAACAACUGCUGAAGUCACUGUACCAAAUUCCAUAACCAUCGACGUGAUUUAUCACAACGAAUGGGACGAAUGGAAAACUUUACAUACUCCAGCGAAAAAAUCCAUACAAUCACAACAAGAACAAGAAAAACAACAACAAGAACAGCAACAACAACAACAGGAUAACUAG